UGUGCUGGUUUUGCCUUUUUUUCUUUAUGAUCUAAUAAAGAAGUCUUUGAAUGUAUGUUAGAAGCCCAUGUUCUCUGUUUUUUAUGGGAGGAAAUUAAAAUGUUCUUUUCUGUGGCAGUUUCUGUGAGGAAGUGAAAUAGUGAAGUCUCCUCCCCAUGCCCCACAAAACCUGGGGAAAUACAGUUAAGCAAUUAAGAGAAGAAAGGAUUUUUAGAUAUGCUUAAUUUUUAAACUUUGCAAAAGACAAAAGUCUUUGGAACUAAAGCCUUCACAGCUUAACUGAGUGGAUGCAAGUGUUGCUUGAAUAAUUAUGCAUCUUUUUCGGCUGGGAGGACCUGAUCAGAUACAUGAGUUACUGCUUCAUGCAACAGAAGACUCAUCCUAACCUACCGAAAGUGGCGAAGCAUUUGGAGCAGGCUGUUGAGAGGAGAUUCAGUUUUAGAGGUGUGUGGAGGCUGUUACCACUUACCUUAGAAUAUUCAAACUAGAUACCAGGGGCCAGUUUUCUCUUCAGGUUAGUUCAAGAUGGCAGACCAGAGGCAACGUUCGCUCUCUACCUCUGGAGAAUCAUUAUACCAUGUGCUGGGGUUGGACAAGAAUGCAACUUCAGAUGACAUCAAAAAGUCAUACAGGAAACUGGCAUUGAAAUACCAUCCUGAUAAAAACCCUGAUAAUCCAGAGGCAGCAGAAAAAUUUAAAGAGAUCAAUAAUGCACAUGCAAUAUUGACCGAUGCCACAAAGCGAAACAUUUAUGAUAAGUAUGGUUCUCUGGGUCUGUAUGUAGCAGAGCAGUUUGGUGAAGAAAAUGUGAACACAUACUUCGUGCUAUCCAGCUGGUGGGCAAAGGCCUUGUUUGUGUUCUGUGGGCUCAUCACAGGCUGCUAUUGCUGUUGCUGUCUGUGCUGCUGCUGUAAUUGUUGCUGUGGGAAGUGUAAACCUAAACCUCCUGAGGGUGAAGAGCAGGAAUACUACGUCUCUCCAGAGGACUUGGAGGCACAGUUGCAGUCAGAUGAAAGGGAGGCCUCAGAUGCACCUAUUGUGAUACAGCCAGCAUCAGCCACAGAGACAACCCAGCUCACAGCUGACUCUCACCCCAGCUACCACACUGAUGGAUUUAAUUAAGUUAAGGAAACACUGUAAUUAGAAUGGAUUAAAAAAAUACAUGGCCAACUCAACACUAGAUUCAUGAACAUUAGAAGUAGAGAAUGGGGAGGGGGAAUAAUUCUGCCACAGUAAGAAGGCAGCUUUCCAACCUGCCGAAAAUAUUUUGUAAUCCCUUCAGCCUUUUGUCACCUUUCAGUGUCGUAUCUUGAUGAUACGUGAAGUGCUGUAGCAUGCAGUAUUUAAAGCAGUUUAGCUACGGUCUUAUUUGUUUCCUUUCUUUCUUUUUUUUUUUUUCCCUGUUUUUUUUUUUUUAUAGCAUGUAUGGAGUUAUGUUAAAUGUCUGUGAUGUAAUGUAUUGAGUUGUCACAAUAUAAGCGUGAUGGAGACAUUCUGCAUUUUAAGCAGUGGUACUGGCCUAAAAAUGAGAUUUAAGGUGUUUCACAGAAGCCACCAUUCUUCCGUACAGCUGAGCUGUCAAAGACCUUUAAAAGUCCAUGAUUUUCAUUUGAGUGCAACAAACCAAUUCUUUUAUUCCUCAUUCUAUUCCUGCGUUGUUACCUAAGCAAGUUUACAAAGCCAAGAACCAAAAAAUGCCAGUCCUACAGAGCUGGAGUUCUCUCUAAUGCUGGUUUUCAGCUUAAAUAAAUCUACCUUGAAAAAUAAAAAGGGAGAGUUUCCAAUCUUUGAACAGUAAAUUGAUGAACAGCUCUUUACGUGUAAGGCGAUCUUCAGUGACAAUAUAACCGCAAACUGUAGUUUGCCACAAAACCAACUGUGAAUGGGCUUAUUUGGUGGUGGCAGUGGGAUUUUAACUUCAAGCACAAUUCUAUUUUGGUUUGAGUUCAGUUGUUUUCCUGAAAUGCUAAAGACCAAAUCGUGCAGCUUUUUUUUUUUUUUGAACGCAUGAGAAUCUUAAAGUGAAAUUUGUUAAUUGGUUUUCACUGAGCAAGUGAGUAAAAUGCAGACAGUAGGCAACAGCAUAAAUGUUUUAAAAAAAAUUGGUUUUUAAAAAUUUGUUCUAAUAAUUUGAGAUUUUAAUAGACAAAUGGGGUAUUACGUGUCUUUUUUAAAGCUUUUAUAAUACACUAGCCCUUUAAUUUUCUCAUGAACAUCUUUGAGGAGUACUUAAAUGGAUUUUUAAGAGCAAAACACCUUUCUUUGUGUUUAUAUUGUAUAAUUUGCACAUUGUCUUGCAUUUAGACUUGUUUACACCAGUGUUUUUUUUCUUCCUCAGAACAGCUAUGGGGAAACCAUUGAAAGGUUUCCUGUACUAUUGUGAAACCAAAUCAUGUUCGAAUACUGCUCUGGAAACUGUGGUUUAUUGAGGUUUAACUGUUAAAAAAAGCAUUUUAGGCAGCUACUGAAUUGCUGGUAUAUUUUGUUGUUAAUAAUCCUGCUUUAGAUGAUACAAAGUCAGGAUCUAGAACAGCUACCAGAGAACCUACACUUGGCACUUUUAGCAGUUAAUUACAGCCUCUUUAAUUUUGAUCUUUAUGGUUUUGUAUCACAAUGCCUCUACUGUCCUUUGUAUCCCCUGUCUUCCCUCUUCAUUUUUCACCUAUUUCUGUUGAGAGGCUAUUUACAGCCUUCCACCCUGUGUUUGCUGCUCUCUUACAAGAUCCAGGUGUUACUUUUGAAUGGGGUAAAGCACUGUCGGUCUGUAAGAAAACCACCAGAAAAGGAAGGUGACUCUCCUGCCAGAGAAUCAUUCUGAAUAUAUUUUCACACUAUCUUUGCAUGAGCCAAAAAUGAUGGAGCACGUAAGAUCUGACGUGAAACCGCGUUAAACAUACUGGGUAGCAGAAAAUGUUCUUAACACGGUCUCAAUGCUAAGUGAGGGAUGUUUGCAAAAUCAGACUUUCCUGUAGCUGUAGGUACAAGCACAUGUUUGUUGCCUGCAUGUGAGCUUGUUGCAAAUAAGCAUGCUUGUGAUACCACAUCAGGUCCCAAAAAUGCAAGAAGAAAUGUUACUUUUAAUUAACUGGCUAGAUUUCAGUAGCACACUUAAGUCAUUUCUUCCUUGUUGAUAGUCCUUUUAGACCUGGAACUUGGUGGUUUACUGGAAGAUACUUUUAACUUUUUCUGUCUGGAAAACUCUCUUGGGUGGCCUUGAGGACAGUUGUGUAUGAUUUGGCUUGAGGUCCUUAUUUAAUUAAAGUCUUUUUUUGACCCCUUGGAAUGAAAAGCAAUUUUUUAGGCUUAAAAAAAUAAUGUCACAUUGGCUGUCCUUGUAGAUUUUGCCUGAAGCCUGUCCUUAAUGUUGAAUUGCACACUGGAGUAUGCUUGAAUAUCUGCAGGCUUUCUCCCCUAAAAACUCACUGGUUAAAAUUGCCCUUAUCUGUGCAAAUUAUGUUCUUGGUAAAAAAGAAAUAGUGUCAGGGGGUUUUGGGGGCUUUGUAAAUAAGCAGAGUUGAUCAGAGUGACUUGGUAGAAUGAGGGAGAGGCUGUUUCCAUUGUUUGUCGUACUCUGUGUCCCCGUGUUCAUCUAGAUGGGUAACACAAAGCCAGUUGUUUCGAUUGUUGAUCCGCUGCGGAGCAGCUGUGAACCCCGAGGCUGGGGGCUGGUUGUCGGUGUUAAGUUGGAAUAACACUCUCUUAUUUCUUAACCCCUCUGGGCUACUUCCACUGAACUAGAAAGGCUGGCAGGAGGUUGUGGCUCCAGGGGGGGCUGUAAUGCACCUGGAGUCGCUCCACAUGCUCCUGACAUCAGAACCGAAAUGUGGGCAGCAAAUGAGGGUUAGAGGCGAUACCGUUACCUGUUGUUUCGCACUGCUUGGGAAAAGAUUACAUCCAGGAUAGAUUGGCUGGUUUAGUUCUUCGCUUAGCCAGGCAUGAGUUUGAAAGAGACUGCUUUCCUUUCAGCUGCAUCUGUGGGUGGUGUGUGAAUAGUAAAUUAGUCUGUAUGCUGUUAUACGCCAGAAUGAUGUUAGAUGCUCCAAGGGAAACUACUCUAAGAUCCCAGUUACAAGGAAUGACAGGAAAACACAUUUUUAGAUGAAUAUUCAUGGGUUUUGAAACUGUUUUAAGUUUGCCCAUGUUACUCUAUAAUCUCUGAAUUUAAGAUUAUUGUGUAUUAAUGUAGUUGUUCUUGAACUAUAUAAGAAAGCUACUUAAACCUUGCUUCUUUAAAACAAAACUCGUGUAAUUGGAAGAUAAGUAGGUUAAAGCCCACUUUUUUUCUGCUCUUGUAGGUGAGGUACAAGAGUAACCCAGGCUCUAACAUAAGUUGCACUUCAGAAUGGCCAAGCUGAAUCCUAGUAAAUGCAAAGUUGUAUUGGAAAUAAUGGUUAAAAAUCUAGUGCAGAAAAUCACUCAGCAGUUCUGAGCUUGGGUGGAUGGAGCUGCGGUGUCCCCACCAGAACUGCAAUAGCACAGUAUUGCAGGCACUGCAACCCCUUACCUGGCUUACAUGCAGAAUGUUUCUUUCCAAAAUUAAACCUGAGCACUGUUGAUCUCUGUUCAGCGUGUUGCCAGAAUUAAAACUUGAGCUUUGACAUUUUUUGUUCGUUUUGUUUCUUAAAAGUUGUAUCAUUUUUUACAAGUUGCCUGAGACCUCCGUUUCUGUAGUUCAGCCACCUCCAUCUAGCUCAUCGAACCUCUUCAGCACCAAUUUUCUUAGCACUUGUAGCUCCUCCUGACGAGGAGGAGUAUCGGGGAGAAUCCGAUCUGGAGAGCUUCUGCUGGCUGGUGUUUAGGACCACUGACUUUAUUCCCGAUCUGUGUUGCGUGGAGAGCCAUUCGUAGCUUAGGGUGAGUAGGGAAAGCUACUGCCUCGCUGCAGAGAGUGCUCAGGUACCAUCCCUCCUGGCUGCGGCCAAGCUGCUGGAGAAGGAGGUGGUGCUGGACCUGCGGUGCCCCGUCCUCCCUGGGGUUGGAGAAAUCCCCAACGCACUGUAGUACAACCAAUUGUAUGCUUCACUUGAAGUGAAUGAAGGGGCAUUGCACCCGUUAAAUGCCAGUUUCAUUUUGUUAGUGAUGUUUGUAGGAAAUUCUUAAAUAUUUAUCUGUAUAUAAAUUUGUUUAUGUAAACCUCAGUGGCGUCCGAUAGGGUGUAGAUUUCUGCUGAUUCCAUGCAGUGAUGUUUCAGAGCCAUGUUACCUUUUUAGUCUUAUUUUUAGAUUUGUAAUAUUUUUAAACUGCUUUAGAUAUUAGUGCUCAUAGUGUUCUUAAAAUGUGAUGCUCUUUGAGAUUUGGGUGAGCACAGCCUGCAGUCUGAACAGAAAUGCCCGUUGAGGAGGAAGGCUUGAGCACAGUACUGAGAAAGACCGAGUCCUGCAGUGGAUCUGUGGUCAGGGGAGUACAGUCUUCAAACCCUUCGUGUCAGCCUAUAAACACUACAGGUGUAACCAGGGCAGGAGCCCGACUGGAAAGAUAUUCCUGUCCCAUCUGUAAAGCGGUUGUGUUGUGUGGUGUAGAGGGACACCAGUGUGCUUUCAGGGGGGUUAUAUCAGAGCGUUUGUAUCGUAUACACUCCUUGAGAGAGGUACCCGCUUUUCUCAACUAGUUUGUGCCCUUCGUCUGUCUGGUGCCCUUCGGUGUUCUUGACAUUUCCAGAUAAUUUAGGAAAUGUGUUUGUGCUGCAGGUUUUUCCUACCCGAUGCAACUGGGUAUUGGCGUCAUUUUUAGCAGGAGAUUCUUGCAAGGUGGUCAGGGAGGCUUUUGCAGCCUCCGCCUCAUGUUACUAAUUCUGGAUGCUGUUUAAAUACGCAUUAAUCUUAGAGCACUGAAAUGUAACCCCCCCCAGUACAAGUGUUUAUAGUGUAAGGUUGGUAUAAACUUAACAUGCUUAAUCAUUUGAUGCCGCUUCUCUGUAUUAUAGUGGAAAUCAUCUAGUUUGUAGUGUAUCAUUACACCAACAACUGCUUAAAGUAUCUUGAAAGAAAUGUAACUGAUAGCUAACAAGGUGGCAGGAAAUUUGUCAGUGUUCAAGUCCUGCAAGAACCAUGGGCUGCUCCUCGUCCUGUGCUGGGAGGCUUACGUGCUAUCUGGGACUCGGCAAGACUGAAAUUCCCAUUUCCUUCCGAGAAGAUGCUUUCUUUACUGUGAGAAGAAACUGUGUGAGGGAAGCUGUCUGUCUGAUGUUUGCACAAGCCAAAUGCCAUAAAUCUGGAAGACAAACCUUCAUUUGGAAAUCAAAUGCCAACGUUACACACGCAGUUAAUUUUUUUGUUAAAAGGAUAGACGCUGGGAAUUUCUGGUGGUUAUAUAUAUAUAUAUGUAUAUGUAUAGAGGAAGCUCUUAUAUAAAAUGGCCAUUCAUUCUCAAGUGCUGUUGUCUUCUCUGCUCCCUUUCCCCCACAGCCAGCCAUGUGGGUGUACUCUUGCAGUCUGUGAGCGGUUGCUUGUCAUACCCUUCCAAAAAUUUUAACGAUCUACUUGAAUUCUGUGAGGUGCCCUUUGUCCCCGGCCCCUCCGGUUGGAGCUGGGCUUUGCCUGCUCCGGCUUUCCUUCGGAUGAAGGAAGGGAAACCCGAUGGUAACGAGGAGGGCAAGGGGCCAUCUCUGGAAUGACUUGGACUUGUGUAGGCUGGCACGUGGGGUGUUUUAAAUGUGGUCGAUGUGCUCAUCGCUAGAGGUGUGAUAGAACACAUUGAUUUGGGUUUUUUUCCUUAUACUCGUUUUCACCACAUUGUACUCUCCAAAGUGGGACUCGGUGAGCUCACGGAGCAAGGUCCAAACCCGCGCUGUAGCUUUGGAUUGCAACAUCAUGUGUGUGUAUGUAUGUAUAUAUGCACAUAUGUAUAUAUUUAUACAACAGGUGUGCACCUAGUACUUGCUGCUGUUUUUUCUUUGGUGGUAAAAACGUGAAAUUUGGCUCGAAGUACUGCUAUGAACUCUCAGCCAGACAAGCAGAAUGUGUGAGUUUUGUGUGUCCAGAAUUGUGCUUUUUCCUUUCAGCUGCAGGAAAAAAAACCGGAACAAGAUCAGUCAGGUUAAAUGACUGGUGAAGGAAACGGUGGAAGGAUCCUGUUGUAUAAAUAAAUGGGUAGUACAAGUGGGAGAGCUGUGCUGUUUGAAAAGGAAAAGCAAUCUUCUGCUCCCAAGGUCUUCCCUCCUUGCUCGAGUGAGUUUACACUUGAACAAUGUGGCGUGUGUGCACGGCCUGCUCCGGUUACUCCCUUUACAGUGCUUGCAGGUGGGAUUCAUAAGGACUUGGAGUUAUUGCAAGUCAUAAAACUGAAGUUAGGCAGUGAUCUGUGUAAAGGCACAAUGAUUGUGGCCAACGUAUGUGUGAGUACCACCAAAUCACUUCCAGUCAUAGCGGGUCGAGCCCGCAGCUGGCCCUCCUCGGGCCUUUUGUUCCAGGGGCUGUUGCCUGACGUACAAAACACCGCGGGGGGGGGGGGGGGGUCUGCUUCACGGCAGAAAUAGGGGAAUAUUUGGGGGGGAUUCCUUUAUCGCUUACACAUUUGAAGUUCUGUUUGUGUCCGUCACGGUAGAUGAACUCUGAGGUUUGCCAAGUUCCGAACACGUGAUGUUUCCUUGCCUGGAUGCGUGCUGCCUGAGCCCAUCACUGUCAUUCCUUCCUUCCACUCGUCCCCGCCUUCGCCCGCUUUUUUGGGGCUGGGCGUGGAUGGUUUGGUUUGUGUUAUCGCAGACAUCCGAGGCGGUUUAUAUUCAUUUUGCAUGUGAGCAAGGCCCUGAACUAAGUAAUUCAUCAUGGGGUUUGGUUGUAUUGGCCUCUUUAUGAAGCCUGAGGGAGCUGAGGACGCUGGGAGAGAAUGCGUUCUGCAUUUGCACUGUACUUCAACUCGGGCGGGGUGGGGUGGGGGGAGUCCAUCUUUAAAAAAAGAAAAAAAAAAACUGUAGAAAAAAAAAAACCAAAACCAAACCACAAUCGAAGUAUAAAUGCAUCUGAAAAGCAAUUAUAAUAUAGACAUAUAUAUAUUUUGUUAUGUUACUAAAGGACCAUACUUUGAACUGUAUGUAAGUAGAUGUGGCUGUUUGAACUUUGUGGAUUGUAACACUCGAUACUACUGAGCUCCUGUACAUACACGCAGUUACGGCAGAAGGAAUUAUUUUAUGUUUUAGCAUGGUAAUUUGUGUAUUGUAUGUCUGAAUAUAAACUAAAAUAAAGAUUGCUAAGUUAUCUGAAACCACCGUUGUAAAAUAAAUGUUUUCAAUGCAGAAAUGCA